UGCAGCCACGGGGCGACACGACCACGGGAUGGUGGGCGGCAGUUACCGCUAUGAUGGUGAUUACCGUCGCCACGAUUCUCGGGAACACCGCGGUCCUGUUGGCGUUAUGGAGGGUGAGGCGAGCGCCAUCACAUUACCCCUUGACGAGCUUGGUGCUAGCUGACUUGCUGGUUGGUAUAAUGGUCCAGCCGUUAGCAGCAGCGAGAGAAUUAUUUGUAUUUAACUUGAAUUGGGCAAUUUGCUCGUGCUGGAGUACAAUGGAUGUCUUAUGUUGCACGGCAUCUAUCCUUUCUCUCUGUGCUCUGGGUUGGGAGCGUUGGUCUGGUAUCACUGCACCACUAGCAAGAGCUCGUAGGGGAAAGAGAGCUAGGGUGCUGGCAGCUCUCGUAUGGCCGGUCGCGACGUUGGUCGCUCUCCCUAAUGCCUUCAUACCGUCGCCGAGACAUUUCCAUCCCGGGGAAUUGGAGAAGGCAUGCACAGUUAAUACGAAUAUUGGAUACGUCUUCUUUAGCAUAACCUUCUCGUUCUACCUGCCCGCGGGCGUGCUUGUCACGCUGUAUGGUUUCAUCCUGCGCGCACUGGCCGCGCCGCCACCGAUACGUGCACAUCGUGGUCGGAUUUCUUAUCACGAACCACAAAAGCUGCACUCAAGUACCGUAUCAGGCAAAUAUCCGUUACAAAAAUCCGAAAUAAAGACUGACAACAAUCAAAAUAGCGACGUUGAUUUGUCACCAAAGGGCUAUUUGAACUUACCAAAUGCACCAAAUAUGGGCUGUACUGCGCAAUCUACUGGCAAGUGUAGUGCCCAUGCGAAUUUUAUACUGCGUCAACGUCGGGCCACUCGGACUAUAGUGAUGCUGAUGGCGCUGUUUCUCGUCUGUUGGACGCCAUACUUCAUCAUGUUGCCAUUAGACUCCGUCUGCGACUGCGUUUGGGAGACGACUUGGCAAUGGUGCACUUGGCUGGGUUAUAUAAACUCCGCGCUGAACCCUCUCGUGUACGCCGCCGCCUCGCCCAGUGUGAGACGAGCCUUACAGACAUCACUCACGAGCUCCGCGUCCAGACACGUCGAAAUGCCUUUGACGCCACGAGUGAGGAGAGCUUGAGU